CCCGCGCUCUUUCCCGCUUCCAAGUUCCAAGUCUUGUGUUGAUUUAUUUAUUCUGUAGUUCAUACAAUUUUUAUUUUUCACAUCUUCACCCAAAACUGCAUCUUCUCUCAAAUCCAAUUCGCUUUGGUUUUCAUAUUUCUGAAUCUAUGAACUAUCGCGAGGUUACUUUAGUUUUCACGGCAACUGUGAUCGGUGCUAUGACAUCUGCAGUUGCUUUCCGCUUCUUCUGCCGCUCUCAAGCGCGCGUGAAAUCGUCCCAAAACGGCACCGUUUCCUCUCCUCAGGACCCUUUCGACCCUUCCAAAAGGAAAGGAUAUUUAUCCUGGGAUGAUUAUUUUAUGGCAAUUGCAUUUUUGUCAGCUGAGAGGUCCAAAGACCCUAACAGGCAGGUUGGUGCUUGUUUGGUGAGUCAAGAUGGUAUAAUUCUUGGAAUUGGUUAUAAUGGGUUUCCAAGGGGUUGUUCUGAUGACAAGCUACCCUGGGCAAAGAAAUCCAGGUCUGGGAAUCCUUUGGAGACUAAGUACCCUUAUGUUUGUCAUGCAGAGGUAAAUGCUAUUCUUAACACAAAUCAUGCUUCUGCUGCGGGACAACGGCUAUAUGUGACCAUGUUUCCCUGCAAUGAAUGUGCUAAGAUCAUAAUCCAGUCAGGAGUUUCUGAAGUAAUUUAUUUUGUGGAGAAGAGAUUAGAAAAUUCAGCUAUGGCAUAUAUAGCCUCUCACAAACUACUUUCAUUAGCUGGUGUAAAGGUCAGGAAACAUCAACCACUGAUGAAUGGAAUUCAUCUGAAGUUUGAGGAGAACUAGAUUUUGAAGUUUGACUUUAAUUUUUACUUUGAAAUAUGAUACAACACCUCUCUUACACAUUUCAAGAGAAAGGAACGGAAAGAAGAGUUGGAAGGCUCUGACCAAAUCAGCAGAAAUCACUCCUCCACUUUACUGUAGAUUGUAAAGAGUCGGAACGUGAGCUUGUUUAACAUGCAUAAAAGUCAGUUUCUUAGUUGUAGAAGUAGUUGUUAUUUAGGUCUUGUGUGUAGGAUAUUGUAAAAUGUACUCAAAGGAUGUGAAGGUUGUUUUUUAGUAUGUCUAUGUACCUUGUGCGGGAAAUACAAAACGUUGAUGAUAUCCGUGUUUUUA